CGCUCUGCGGCGGGGAGCAAUGUCUUCGUCCAGAGGAUUCGUAAUAUUUAAGACAUUAGAUCGUCUACAGUGCCCUUUUGUGCAACCAUGGGGGUGUCUUUUGAACAGGAGGCUCUACAGUCAGCCUAACUUCGGUUUGCUGUUCGACAUCGACGGCGUCAUCGUGCGGGGCUCGCGCAUCCUGCCGACGGCUCCGGAGGCGUUCUCACACCUGGUCGACGCCUCCGGCCAGUUCCGCGUGCCCACUGUGUUCGUUACCAACGCUGGCAAUGCCCUCAGGAGCGAGAAGGCGGAGCAGCUCUCCAAGUGGUUAGGCGUCACGGUCCAUGAAGACCAAGUUGUAAUGGCUCACUCUCCCCUCAAGAUGUUUGACCAGUACUUUAAUAAGCAUGUGCUAAUAUCAGGCCAGGGUCCUGUUCAGGAAAUCGCAAACAAUCUCGGAUUCUGCAAUACAACAACGGUAGAUGAAUUACGGACAGCCUACCCACAGCUGGACUGUGUGGAUCAUAGGAGACGUUCUUUGAAGGCAGUUAAUUCCUCACCAAUAACAAAAAUAGAUGCCCUCAUGCUGUUUGGAGAGCCAGUGAGGUGGGAAACAUCACUGCAACUUUUAAUAGAUAUACUAAUGACCAAUGGAGAUGUUUCUGGGACACCCACUGCCCCAUACCCACAUCUGCCCAUCCUUGCUUGCAACAUGGACCUUCAGUGGAUGGCAGAAGCUCAUAUGCCCAGAUUCGGUCACGGUGCUUUCUUGCUCUGCCUUGAGGCACUCUACAAAAAACUGACAGGGAAUGACCUCAUAUACACAGCCCUGGUUGGGAAGCCCUCAGAAAUAACAUACUACCAUGCUGAAACAAUGGUUCAAGAGCAUGCGAGAUCUAUAGGCAUUAGCAAUUCUAUCACAAAACUUUAUGCAAUUGGAGACAAUAUUCAUACUGAUAUUUUUGGAAUGAAUUUAUAUCAAGAAUAUGUAAGGAGACACCGCAGAAGCAAAAAGCAUGUGUCAAUGCAAGGUGCCAGAGGUCUUGAUCUUUCCACUCAUGACUUUAAGGGUCUGACUGCUGAUCAGUGUUAUUCUGUACUAGUUAAGACAGGAGUGCACAAUGGGGCAGAGCAACUCCUCGAACACUCACCAAGAGACUUCCUCCCUGUUGAAUCCAAACUGCAAGAACCUUCACUCACUGUCAUGUGUGUCCUAGAGGCCAUUACGAACAUAUUCAAGCGUGAGAACUACCGGUGAACCCUAAAUGAGGCAGGGGAGUGAAAUGUAUGCGAGUGCUUUAUAUAGCAGCUGAUUUGGCUGUGGUCUUGCCUUGGGCUUUUCACUAGUUGACUAAGAUAUAUACACAUGAUUUUUUUUGUAGGUGAGCUACGUUUACCAGUGAGGGAAUAUAGAGUAUUGAAGGACAUUUUUCAAAUAUACAGUAUGUAUGUUAAAGGGCAUAGGAAAGUAUAUGAUUUUCAGUAGAGAGUCUUGUUGACAGAUUUUGUUUUAGAGUGUACAUCUUUAAACCCAGAUAGCUGCUGUAGGCAAUAGAAGAUUAAAGAGCUGUGAGAUAGAUACCCAUAUCCCUAUGGUGUAUAUUGUUGAUCUCCUUUUAUGCAUUCUUGCUGAGGGAAUUACUUGGUAAAGAGCUGGAAACUACAAAGAUUUCAUGAAUAUUUAAAAGAAUGUUGAUAAUUUAUUAAAUUUUAGUCAUUAUUUAUUAAUUGUGGUAUGUAAGUGGAAUGCUAAGCA